AUGUCUCAAGGAGUAUCGUCGUCUUCAUCAUCCACAACAGCAUCAGCAGCAGCAGCAACAUCGAAUGUGGGUGGACCUGAUUUAAUUGCCUACCAAAACUAUUUCGCUUUUCAUCCCACAAUCGAAAUUGAAAAGAGAAAAAAUCUAGUUCAAUCAUGCACGCACUGCCAAAAGGCUCAUCUUAGUUGUGAUGGAGGCCGACCUUGUCAAGGAUGUAUAAAACGUGAUUUAGCAACUACAUGUUCAGACAACAACCGCAAAAAGAUGAAACUGAAUACGCCUGCUACGAAUGCCAUGGACAGCAACGAGGAGCUGUACUCACCUAAUGCCAAUGUGCCAUUUACGCCUGCCGAUGGCAACAACAAUACCAGCUUCAUAGAUACAUCGCAGUUAUUCAACUUCUCAUUGACUGAUUUUGGAUUUGGAUCAGAGACAACUGGGCUGGAAUACGGUAUACUGGGCAACAUGCUGGUGGAUGGCCCUCCUUCGUCUUCUACUACGACUACCACAACUGUGACCACACCGACUACGGUUCAAAUGAAUGAAAAGACAUUGACGACAUCCGCAACCACACCUACUACUAAUACUACAGCCACUACCGCAGCAUCUUCUCCUAGUACAUUUCAAGCACUCUCAGCAUUAUUUCCAUUCACUUCAUCGCCUACAAGCCCUCUUCCUCACCACCAGCAUCAACUACAACAGCAGCAGCAAGUGCAGUUCCAAUCGCCCAUGCGUAGACCACAGCCUCAACCACAGCAGUUCUCAUCUCCACCUACUGCACCCAUGAAAAGAGAUAGCACGUCUUCUGCUGCCAGUACCAAAUCAACAUCGAGGCGAAAGGGCAAUUGUGGCAACACACCCGAGGCUGUGUACAAUAGUGUGAAAAGACCAUUCAAUUACGCAGAGGGAUUUCAUUACCUGAUUCAAUAUGUGACGGAUCGUAUGGGGCGUGAAGAUUUGAUGCGAAUCAGUAAAUCAUUAUCGCUAUUUCGACCUUCGUUUCUAUCGUUGAUCAUGAAUUUGACAGAGGAGGACCUGGUGUUUAUGGAGCGCUGUAUUCAAAGAACCUUGCUGGAAUACGAAAAGCUGAUUAGUUUCUCUGGAACACCCACUGUUGUGUGGAGAAGAACGGGUGAGGUGUGUUUGGUUGGAAAGGAGUUCUCGCUUCUCACUCAGUGGACAAGAGACAUGCUGCUGAACAAAAAAACAUAUAUUUACGAGUUGAUGGAAAAUCAGUCAGCUGUAGAAUACUGGGAAAAGUUCAGUACACACGCAUUUGAUAAUACAGAUAAGGCCUGUAGCUACUCUUGCAUUUUGCGUACGCCACAGCAAAAACCAGUACCAUGUACAUUCUGCUUUACCAUCAAGAGAGAUAUUUUUGAUUUACCAAGUGUCAUUGUGGGCAAUUUUUUGCCUAUUCUCAGUUAA